UAUCAAUUCGAUUACUACGUUGGUUACCAGUCUGGUACACACGCACGACUAUCGGCGCCAUCUACUAGGACAGGUGUUGAAAGUGCUGCUGUCUAGUAUCUGCUGAAAGCUCUAUGCCCUGCUGUUCUUUCCAAUUUCAUCACAUCGAUCUGUCAUGUCAAGGAGAGAAAGAUUACUCGGGGCAAACAAAUGUCAUCUUAUCUCUGUCCAGUCACUAGCUGGCUAUUUUCAAGGUUCUCGACAGUCUCGUACCGCCACGGUAAACUAAAUGUUGGUAUAUCGUGUGGUUGGGCGGAAUGCCGCCGACGAUGCCUAGAUGAAGGCCCAUUUUGAGUCAAGAUUAGCCCCAUGUCACGUUGCUCACCUGUCAGUUCAAUGCUUUGAACAGGAUAUCCUUGUAUCCUGCAGACUGCCCCCGAUCAGUAGCAGACCAGCAGACUUCUUGUCCUGUUGUGCUAAGUUGGGUGGCCAGAUCCGUCUGGCUCAAGAUUUGCUCUUCGGAGCGCUUUUUCUCGCUAUCAUCGCGCAUCUUCUUACCCCAUCUCACGCUAUGAUUAAACUCUUCCUUCUCCACUCCAGCUAUCUCCUUGAAAGAAAAACUGGAGUCGGUGUAUUUCCAAUUAAGGGAACGCCUUUCUUUGACCUGUGAAUGCCUGGCAUUCCACGGCAGCUACCACCGUCUUACACAAUUGGACCCUUUCUAUAUCUAGUUCCGGAGCAGCCAUCUUCUUUUACCUGUCAAGCUGUCGAUCACCGUUAGAAGCAAUCCAGAUCAUCAACCCUUAUAUGACCUUCUCAAGUCUUUGUUCAACUUCAACAUUCCUCUGAUAUCGACAUUCUCCAACGUUCCAACCUUCAAACCAACAUGGCAGACACAAAGCCAACUUCGAUGCCUAGUCCGGCAGUUUCUCACGACGAGUAUGCAGCUCAUCUCAACGACCACGCCGAAUCUUCACACUCAGCACAAAAGGAGCCUCUAAACGAGAAGGAGAUUCAAGAGGCGUACGGAGAACAUGGUCCUGGGAUUGAUCAUGACAUUCCACAGAAGGAUGCCAUUCAAGCUCGACCAGAUCUUUGGUGGAGUCGUAUGCGCCAUCGAUUCCGCGAGCCUCUCUCUGAGUUCUUUGGUGUUUUCAUCCUGAUCUUAUUCGGCGAUGGAGUCGUCGCUCAAGUUGUUCUCAGUCGAGGCACGAAAGGAGACUAUCAAUCGAUCUCUUGGGGAUGGGGUAUCGGCGUCAUGUUAGGAGUCUACGCAUCAGGGGUCAGUGGCGCACACAUCAACCCGGCCGUCACGUUUGCAAACUGCGUCUACCGCAAAUUUCCAUGGCGCAAGUUCCCCAUUUACAUGCUUGCGCAAAUCCUAGGAGCCUUUUGCGCCUCGGGCGUUGUGUAUGCAAACUACAAAUCCGCCAUCAACCAAUACGAAGGCGGGCCCAACAUCCGCACCGUCCCGGGCUUCAGCGAGAACGCCACCGCCGGCAUCUUCUGCACCUACCCAGCCGAGUUCAUGACCCGCACGGGCAUGUUCUUCUCGGAGUUCAUCGCCUCGACCAUCCUCAUGUUCUGCAUCUACUCUCUACAAGAUAACGGGAACCUGGGAGCGGGGAACCUUACGCCGCUGGGAUUGUUCUUUGUCAUUUUUGGGAUUGGGGCUUGUUUUGGGUGGGAGACGGGGUAUGCGAUUAAUCUGGCGAGGGAUUUCGGUCCUCGUCUGAUGUCCUAUGCCCUUGGCUACGGUCACGAAGUCUGGUCCGCAGGAAAGUACUACUUCUGGAUCCCUAUGGUAGCGCCAUUCCUUGGAUGCUUGUUUGGUGGAUGGUUGUACGAUGUAUUCAUCUUCACUGGAGACUCACCAAUCAACACUCCAUGGUGGGGAUUCAAGCGUAUGUUCGGCAUGAGCUCGAAGAAGGUCAAAUCGUCGCAUGUUUGAGUCUGAGUGGAAGCGAUGAAAAGCCACCGCACCGCUGAACGUAUACUACGCUUCCUGUGGACGAACGAACUUGAUGGAUACCAUGACUUGAAUGAUAUGACGAGUUGAACUCAUUGUUGAAAGAUUGACCUUGAAUGAGAGAUGGAUGGCCGGGAUGAUUGUCAUAAGCUUUUGGUGCGCUAUAGUAGCUGGUUGAGAGCGAGGAGGUUGGGUGGCGUCUUAGGCGAAUUUUCAUCGUACGUGAUGGUGGAGUGGAGUUUCGCAAAUUUCUCGGAUGGUUUGGAUGAGUGCAAAUGCUAUCAUUGUUAUCCACUGUGGGCGGGCGUCUGGAAAUGAUUUAGGGACAGUGGUGUCUUGGGGAAAUACCUAAGUAGUGACGGUAGAUAAAAUGAAAAGUAAAAAUUGACCUAAAA